AUGCCCGCCAAAAUUGAGAAAGGACAGCUUGGAGGUCUUUGGCGAAAACCCGCCAAAAUUGAGAAAGAACAGCUUGGAGGUCUUUGGCGAAAACCCGACAAAAUUGAGAAAGAACAGCUUGGAGGUCUUUGGCGAAAACCCGCCAAAAUUGAGAAAGAACAGCUUGGAGAACAGCUUGGAGGUCUUUGGCGAAAACCCGGCAAAAUUGAGAAAGAACAGCUUGGAGGUCUUUGGCGAAAACCCGCCAAAAUUGAGAAAGAACAGCUUGGAGGUCUUUGGCGAAAACCCGCCAAAAUUAAGAAAGAACAACCUGGAGGUCUUUGGCGAAAACCCGCCAAAAUUGAGAAAGAACAGCUUGGAGGUCUUUGGCGAAAACCCGACAAAAUUGAGAAAGAACAACUUGGAGAACAGCUUGGAGGUCUUUGGCGAAAACCCGACAAAAUUGAGAAAGAACAGCUUGGAGGUCUUUGGCGAAAACCCGCCAAAAUUGAGAAAGAACAGCUUGGAGGUCUUUGGCGAAAACCCGGCAAAAUUGAGAAAGAACAGCUUGGAGGUCUUUGGCGAAAACCCGCCAAAAUUGAGAAAGAACAGCUUGGAGGUCUUUGGCGAAAACCCGACAAAAUUGAGAAAGAACAACUUGGAGGUCUUUGGUGA